AUGAAGAGAGAUCGAUCCGAAAAUUCAGUUGAAAAUACAACCGACCCUAAGCACUCAAAAAUUGACAACGAUGACCCCCUGAUACCGUUCAUGAAAGAUUUCGAAGACAUCCAAAAGGACAUCGAGCAGCUCGACAUCAAAUGUGCGCACGAGCAGAUGAACAUCCAGAAGCAGUAUGAUGAGAAGAAGAAGCCUUUGUUCGAAAAGAGAGACGAAAUAAUCGAGAAGGUCCCCUGCUUCUGGGCAAACACCCUGAGGAAGCAUCCAGCACUAAGUGACAUAGUCCCAGAAGAUAUCGACAUUCUCAACUGUCUAGUGAAACUGGAUUUGAAGGAUAACAUGGAUAAUAAUGGCUCCUACAAAAUUACGUUCACGUUUAAUGAAAAGGCAAAGGAAUAUAUGGAACCUCUAACUCUCGUCAAACAUGUCACAUUUGAUAAUAAUCAAGAAAAAGUAGUUGAAUGUACUCGAAUUAAAUGGAAAGAUGGAAAAAAUCCAAUAGCAGCUGUAUCGAAUAAUAGAUCCGAUUUAGAUAAUGAAAUGCCCAAGUGGUCUAUUUUCGAAUGGUUUACUACAGAGGAGUUACAAGAUAAACCAGAUGUAGGUGAAUUGAUACGAAGAGAAAUAUGGCAUAAUCCCUUGUCUUAUUAUUUAGGCCUUGAAGAUUUUGACGAUUUCGAUGAAGACUUUGAUGAAGAAUUUGAUGAUGAGGAUGAUGAUGAUGACGAUGAUGAGGAUGAUGAGGAUGAUGAUGAGGAGGACGAUAAGGAUGAUGACGAUGAUGAGAAGGACGAUGACGACAUGGAUGGAGAUGAUGACGGGAAGGAGGACGAGAAUGAUGACUAG